AUGUCAAUAACCGUGAUAUCUUGUGCCAGAGAUGGAGAACAUUCAGCAGAAGGUUUAGAAACUCGAGAGUCGCAGGCGAACUUGAAGGCUGCUGUUGCUCGGACGGUGACUCGAGGCAUUGCUCUAUAUUUUUCAAGACCUGUUAGACUAUUUAGACCAUCCAAAGUCUCUGGAUGGCAUUCUCUGCGUGGUUUAGCCUCACAUGAGGGAUCAGCUUUAACGCCUGGAUUUAUCAAGUCUCUAGUCAAAGACCAAGGUCUUAUGGUCAUACCUAGACAUUUUGUACCACCGAUGCUCGUCAAUGCACUACUAGGGACAGUGCUAUGGACCACUUACACGGAAGCUUCCAAAGUCAUGGAACCCCACAUUUCCCGGCAUCCUACUAUGACAGCUGCAUUAUGUGGCGCAAUUGCUGGGGGAUUUCAAGCAAUCGUCGCUGCCCCUGCAGAAAAUGUUCGAUUACUUUUCGAAGGAGGCUCUGUGUAUCAUUCUUGGUCGCACGCUUGGAAAGACGUCUUUAGAGGUACAGAAUUUCGAGGCCUUGGCUCUAGGCAGAAAAAAAUCGAAGAUGCUAGGCAAGUAAGGCGUUGGAUGAAAGAGGUUGGUGAUAUGGCCGGUCGUGGCUGGAAUGGCUGGAUUUGGGGUUGUGCUAAGGACACAACUGGUUUCGCCGUUUUCUUCUCGAUCUUUGAGGUAACCCGCCGCAUAGCUUUUAGAACUCGGGAAGAUACCGCCAUUCUCAUUCGAGAGACAUUUUCAAAUGAUGAAUUCGUUGUCCAUCACAUACCCAAAAUGAUUCACAGCUUCGCAUUGGUCUCUGGAGGAGUUUUAGCCGGUCUUGCUUAUGAGUUUACGGGUCGUCCAUGGGACCAUGCAAGACGCAUUUUCCAUCUACAAAAGCUCCAAAACCCCACUGAAUACGCUCCUUGCUGGGCAAUUUUUCGACAAUUUCGUCAAGAGGGAUUAUCUGGUUUUUUUGCGAAUCCUGCCCUCGCGCAUGCUCCAAAUCCGGACCCGUCUAUAGGCAGCGGUUAUCGCCCCAAAUUGACUGUUGCCCUUAGAACGUUGGGGAGGGUGGGCCCAUGGGGAAUUGGUUUUCUCAUUUACGAGUCUUUUGGUCCUGGUCUACAAAGUAACUGA